AGUGGGGGGGGGGGGGGGCGCGAAAGGACAACUUCUAGGUCACUGGCUUUGCCUGAAAAUGUCUCUCCAAUUUUCUCCACAGGCACCAUGGAGGAACAACAACAUCACCUUUCUGAACAAAGAGGCUCCUGUCUCAGAACAAGGAGAGACUAUUAUAGGCUUCUACCUACUGGCUUUAGGAUGGAUGUCUUGGUUUGGAAACAGCAUUGUGAUUUUUGUACUCUAUAAACAGAGAGCUGUCCUGCAGCCCACAGAUUAUCUUACAUUUAAUCUGGCUGUAUCAGAUGCAAGUGUGUCUGUGUUUGGUUAUUCCCGGGGAAUCAUUGCAAUCUUCAAUGUCUUUAGAGAUGAUGGAUUCCUCAUCACAUCGAUAUGGACAUGCCAGAUUGAUGGAUUUCUGACACUUCUAUUUGGCCUGGCUAGCAUUAAUACCCUUACAGUGAUCAGUGUGACUCGCUACAUAAAGGGCUGUCAUCCAGACAGAGGGCAUUGCAUUAGCAACAGCAGCAUCACUGUGGCCCUGGUUCUCAUCUGGAUAGCAGCUUUCUUCUGGUCAGUGGCUCCAAUACUUGGAUGGGGCAGUUAUACAGAUCGCAUGUAUGGCACGUGUGAGAUAGACUGGGCAAAAGCCAAUUUCUCUACAAUCUACAAGUCCUACAUUGUGUCUGUAUUUAUCUGCUGUUUCUUUCUACCUGUGAUUGUCAUGGUCUUCUCAUACGUGUCUAUCAUCAACACUGUCAAGUCAAGCCAUGCACUAACUGGAAUGGGUGAUCCAACAGAUAGGCAGAGGCGAAUGGAGCGAAAUGUCACUCGGGUUUCUAUUGUCAUUUGCACCGCCUUUAUUAUAGCAUGGUCUCCAUAUGCUGUCAUCUCGAUGUGGUCUGCCUGUGGUUACUCUGUGCCCAAUCUAACCAGCAUUCUUGCCAGUCUGUUUGCCAAGUCUGCCAGCUUCUACAACCCCAUUAUCUACUUUGGAAUGAGCUCCAAAUUCCGAAGGGACAUUUUAAUCUUGCUGCAUUGUGCUAAGGAGACUAAGGACCCCGUGAAGCUCAAACGCUUCAAAAACCUUAAGCAGAAGCAGGAGCCUUCUCCUUCUCAGAGAGAAGAGAAAUAUGCAGCAGAGGUCCAGCCUGCACCCAGUCCUGAUUCUGGGGUAGGGAGUCCAACCAACACCCCACCUCCCAAAAACAGGGAAGUGUAUUUUGACAUCUUUGAUUCUGCAUCUACCAACCCCAAUAUUGAAUGUGAUAGACUGUAAGGCUGCAGUUACCAUGUGCACCCACUGUAUGUACAAGUAGAACAGAUUCAGCUCACCACUUCUGAGCAGCUCCCUAAUUCCCAUUCCAUCUGUCUCUUAUUUUGAACUAACUCCUGUACGAUUUAAAGCAAAUCAGGAUGUGCUAAGCAAAUAUAAUUCUUAUUAUAUAUGGGUUAAAAAAUGCAGUUCAGCAAAUGCAGUGGGUAUCAAAUCUAGUGCCGGGGGAAUUUUUCUGGAUCUACAGUACUGCAUUUGAAAGACUUUAUAUAGAAAAUGUAUCGGUUAGCCAAAAUCACUAAUAUUUUCAUAUCCAAAUUAUAUUAAUUAGGUGAUUUCAU